AUGGACCCAAAAGACCGAAAAAUAGGAAGAGAAAGAUUAUUUGCUUUCCGACACGCUGCCAAACUUGGACUUCGCGAUGAGAUGAAAUCACUUCUCGAUCCAUUUUUCAUAGUUCACAAGGGUGGUAGCGAACUCAAAGAUGAAGAAGCUAUCGAUUUUCUCAUGGAAAACACAAAACGAUUCAAAUUGGUGUUUGCUAGCCCGAAUGGUGCGACAGAUGUGGAGAUUGUUGUGAAAAAUGUUAAAAUGAUUUUUGAUUUUGAUGAUGAGGGAGAGCAAAAGUUGAGAGCUGUUUAUGUUGAGGACGAAUAUUAUGUAGAUGGUACUGUGAAUGAAGCUGAAGAGGAAGAAGAAGAAGACGAAUAA